UUUCAUAAUUGAUAAUAUAGUAAUUUUAUAUUUAAAAUUUAUAUCUACCAUCUCCCUCUCCGAUACCAAAAAAUCAUACAGCAAAUGUUAUCCAUGGAACCAUGGUACUCUUCAUCCUUCUAACUCUCCUUCAUCUCUACCAAACAUCUGUUGAAAAUUCUUGAUGGUAAUUGGCCUUGGGGAAUGAAUAAAAAUGGUCACAUCUUUUUUGCUGAUGAGAACAACUCAUCUGGAAAAUAGAUGAAUGGACGAGUGUCUUAGUCAUUCAUUAGGAGAAGGGGUAGAAGAACAGAAGUUUAACUGUGACAUGGAAGAGAGAAUCUAUGUCUGUUCUGUGUUGUGUUAUAUAAAUAUUUAUAUAUUUUAUAUAUGGGGCCUCCAAGCUUCCGAGAGAGAUUAUUGAGAGUGAUGAUGUUGAUGAAUGAUGAUGAUGAUAUGAAGAAGAACAGAGUCGAGAUUGGGUCCUCCAAGGGUCCAUGUGGGGACCUCCAAUGUGUGUGUGAGUGGAGAAAAUCAGUCGCUGGGAAGUGGAGACUGAAACGUCAAGCAAAACCAAUACCAACACCAUCAAUCAAACAACACAUCACUAUCUUCCACCCACUCUCCCAACCAAAACCAGAGAAAGAGAAACGAUGUAACAUCAUCACUUAUAUUAUUUUCUUUCUUUCAUUCCUACCUACUGUGUCAUACCAACUCUUGACUUUCCAAGAAGCAAUCUUUCUCAUUUAUUCUUCCAUUGAGGAUUUUCUCCCUUUCUUUUUUCCCAUGGAUUCUUUUAAUCACAGAAGUGGGUUCCGGUACAAUCUCAACGCAGAUACUGUAAGUGAUGCCAAUGGUGAUUCUGAGUUUUCAGGGAUUCUUGAAAUCUAUGUUCAUAAUGCUAGGAACAUUCACAACAUUUGUAUCUAUGAUAAACAAGAUGUGUAUGCAAAAUUUUCUCUUACUUACAAUCCAGAUGAGAUCAUCUCUACUAGAGUCAUAAAUGGAGGUGGUAAGAACCCUGAUUUCAAUGAGAAUUUGAGGAUGAAAGUCACUCAGCUUGAUGCUGUACUCAAAUGUGAAAUCUGGAUGCUUAGCAGGGCUAGGAACCUUAUGGAAGAUCAGCUUUUGGGUUUUGCUCUAGUCCCAAUUUCACAAGUGAUUAGAAAAGGAAAAUUGUCCCAAGAUUAUAGCCUAUCUUCCACUGAUCUCUUUCACUCACCAGCUGGGACUGUCCAAUUGACUCUUUCACUUAACACAUCUUUGCCUAUUAGUCCUUCCCUUAAUCCGUUAUCUGAAUCUUCUGCUAAUUCAUCUAUAACUUCAGAGGUUGUUCUGCUUGAUAGAAAAAUCUCGGAAGUGAUCUUGGACCCAAUUGAGUAUUGUAGGGUUGAGUUCCCUGAUAUCAAUGUAGUGAGGGAGAACCAACAAAUGGUGUCUGAGUAUUUUGAUUUGGCAAGGCAUGGCUGUGGUAUCAAGCCUGGUUCUGGUGGAGUUGCCUCAUUUCUUCAUCUUGGUGCAUCACCUCAGCUUGGUGAUGACUAUGAAAUGACUUUAAAUUCAUCUGAGGAAACUAUCUCACCUAAUGGGAGCAUCCAGAACUCUGGCUUCUUUAGUUCUACUACAACAAGUUUGAGUGAUGAUAAGAAUUCAAGUGAUUCAAUCGAGAAAAGGAAUCGCAUGGUUGGGGAAUCAUCGAAUUCAGGUAAUGCAUCUGUUACUACUACAGAAGCAGGAAACCAUGGCCCAAGCACUUGUCCAGAUACUCCAACUUCGAGAAAAGGAAGCGAAGCUAGAGAUGAGAAAGAGUCAAAAUUCUCAUGUAAGGAAGAGGAGGAGGACAACAACAACAACAACAACAACAACAAAGGAGAAGGAAAUUUGGGUUCUUCUCAGUUUGGCCAAGUGUUUUCAGCUCCACUUGGGAAUAUCAAUCUAGAGGCUGAGCAGUCUGCAAUGCAGCAACAAAUAGUGGACAUGUACAUGAGAAGCAUGCAACAAUUCACUGAGUCUUUGGCAAAUAUGAAGCUGCCAAUGGAGGUUGAUAAGACAGAAUGUCAAGAUCGUAGUGAAGCUAUUCAAAACCAUAACAACAAAUUAGAAGUUGACAAAAAAAAGGAUGGAUCAAGGGUGUUCUAUGGUAGCCGGGCAUUCUUCUGACCACUAAUUGAUGCUGCAAAAUAUUGUGCAAGUAAGUUUAUUUUAGGAGUUUAUAAUAGAGUUCAAUUAUUUAAAAUUGUUUGUUUUCAUCAGCUGUAUAGUAUUUACUAUUUACUAAAUAGUUAAUGUGAAUAAUUGCUUCAAUUGAUUGACAUGUAUUUGCUCCACUGUCAGUCCCUACCAUAACUACCAUAACAACAUUUUGUGUUCCUCUGGCUCUUCAGAGUCGUAGAAAUGUAAUUUUUAUAUAUAAUAUAUUUAUAUAAGUAUUUGGGUGCUUAAAGUUGAAGUACUUAU